AUGACCUCGAACCCUCCUCAGUCGGGCCAACAAGGACAAAGCACCGCUACCUCCGCUUCGACCCAGCCCGCAUCUCAGCCCACCCAGGCGACCACCUCCUACGCCAACGCGACCAAGAAGUCCGCGACGGACUCGACCGCCGCCUCCGCCACCGUGAGCGGCUCAGCGCAUAAUGGGCAGCAGAGUUCUGUAUCUUCUGUGAACGGAAAACCCAUGCAAAACCAACCUGCCGCUUCGGGCGUCACCAUCGUCAAUGGGGCUCCCUCUGCUCCAGCUGCUGGCGAUCACUCUCGCAAGCCCUCUGUGACCAUCACCUCCAGUGGUACCUCCGGAUACAUUCCCAACGGCGGCGCUCCCGCGAGCCGUCCCAACAGCCUUCAGUUCGGUUUCGCAAACCAGCAGAGUUCUCCCAACAUGGGUGCGCCCGCGGUUCCUGCCUCCAACCCGGCUCAGACUGGUCUCGGUGCGCCCUCCACCAACCCCCGUGUGACUUCUCCUCAGACUUCGCCCUCGCCUAUUCCUCAGCCCGCUUCCAGCGGCGGUCGUCCUCCCCCAUCUACUUACCAGACUCAAGGAAACGUUCCCAACUUCGGUAGCUUUGGAGAAUCCGGUGAUGCCAACGCUCCCCACGGUCCUCCCCACAUGCGUCGCGAGUCUUCUCAGUCAACCCACAGCGACAACAUGAACGGCCCCGGACGCUCGGGCUACCCCCACCAGGGUGGUCGCGGUCGUGGAUACUCUCAGUCCGGUUACCAGGGACAACAGAUGCCUUACUCUCCCAACCCCGGUUUCCGCCAGACCCCCAACCAACCCCGCGGAGGUCCCAACAUGGCUCCUCAGUUCCACGGUCCCAACCAGGGUCGCCCGUUGGCUCCUUACUCGCCUCACCAAGCCCAACGCAGCCCUGCUUUGGCCAAUGUUAACCCUACCACUCCCCAGAUGGGCCAGGUCCCCAUGGCACACCCCAACAUGCCCCCCCAGCCCUACGGUUACGGCCAACACAUGGGUCCCCAAGCUGUGAGCAAUCCCUCUUCUUUCCCCCCUCAUGCUCUUCAGAAUUCUCCGCGACGUGAAUCCCAAAGGAAGUUCAGCAACCCCAGACAUAAUGGGAAGCAACAGCAACGCUCGGUUUACCAGAACCAGCUUCCCAUGGAUCUUGCGCCUGAGAGCCGCCAGUUUGAACAACUUCUGACACUUGUGCACACCAAACAGACUUACCCCGGUGGAUACGAUCCCAACUACGCCGGUUACUACAACCCGGCCGCUGGUGGCUACUACAUGACCCCGCCCUCUCCCCAGCCUCGUGCUGCGGGCAUGCCCUACAACAACCAGUACAUGGGCCAACAAUACCCUGCCCCUAUCCCUCAGGCGGCUCCCCUUUCACGUACCCCCUCCCAGGUUUCUACUGAUCGUCCAGGCUCAAGCCUCGGCCAGGGACCCGCCCCCACUGGUCCAGCUACCCCCGGUCACACCCACACCGCCAGCCGAACCUCCAACUCUCCCGCUCCCAAGCCGCACUUUGUCAUUCCCUCGGCUAAGAAGAGCGCUGCGAUUGUCAUCAAGGACCCUAACAGCGGCUCGAUCAAGACCUUUGAAAACGCUUCUCCCGCACGCGCUUCUCCCUCGCGCGCUUCUCCUUCCCCCGUGAAAUUCAGCACUCCCCCCACCUCUACUCCUCCUCCCCGCACAGCCAGCGCCAACGAGCACGCUCGUUCCGACAGCAAGGCCAAUGCUGCCAAGACCGACGAGGAGAAGAAGCAGGAGUUGAAGGAUGCUGUCCGCUUGAAGAUUCAGCAAGACGAGGCUGCCCAGAAGCAGCGUCUCGCUGAUGAGGCCUCCAGCAAGACUACCGAAGCCGAGUCUGCCCCUGCCAAGAAGGAUGACACCGAAGCUGCUCGUGCUGCCAUUGAGGACCUUUCCAUCAAGGAGAAGGCUGCCCCUGCCGAAGAGGCCAAGCCUGUCGUCGCUGAGGAGCCCAAGAAGGUUGCUGCUGCUGAAGAGCCCAAGAAGGCCCCUGCUCCCGCCCCUGCUGAUGACGAUGAGAUCGACUUUGAUGCCAUCGAGCGUGAAAUGGCCGAGAUCGAAGCUAAGGAGCGUGCUGCCGAAGAGGACUACAACCGCGUCAAGGCUGAGAAGAAGGCCAAGGCCGAGCAGGCCGAGCGUGAGGAGCGUGAGAACUACGAGGCCACUAUGAAGAAGGCUGAGGCCGAGGCCGAGGCUCGUGAACUUGCUCGUGAGCAGGCUCGCGCCAACGGCGAAAGCGCCCCCAGUGAGAACAAGGAUAUGUUCGCUUCUCUCAAGAAGGGUGGAUUCGGUGCCACUGAAACUGCCAGUGAGGGUGGUCUUGACACUCCCAUCUCCGACAUGGGUCCUCCCUCUAAGCCCGCGAGCGCUGAUUCCAAGAAGCCUGCUGGUCUCAAGCUUGAGACUUCCAAGCCCACCGAGCCUCUGCAGCCCACUGCGGCCAUGAAGUCUCUCGAGAACGCCAAGUACAUUGUUGAGCUCAGCAAGAUCACAUACCCCUCCUCAAUCACUCCUCCAAAUGCUGUAUUGAACGAUGCCGCACCCGAAGGCCGCAAGUUCCACUAUGACCGCGACUUCCUGAUGCAGUUCCAGGCCGCUUUCAGGGAGAAGAUUUCCGUUGAUUGGGACUCCCGCGUCCGUGAGACUGUUGGUGACCCAACUGACUCUGCCCGUCAAGGCGGUCGCACCCCCAGCAUGGGUAGCCGCAACCCCUCUCGCGGUGGUAUGAGCGGUAACUUCCCUAUGGGUACUUUCGCCGCACCCCGCCCUGGUCAGAUGCCUCCUAUGGGCGGUAACCCCAUGGGCAACCGCACUGCUUCUGGAUUCGGAUUCGGGCGAGGCGGUUCCCCUGGCAUGAACCCCCUCAGCAACAUGCGCACCGGUUCCGGUGUUGGACCUCGCACUGGCUCUAAGGGUGGUCGCAACGACAGCAAGGCCGGUGGUCGCAGCAAGGCCGGUGGUCGCAAGGAUGAGGAGCAGAACAAGUCUAUGCCCCUCACCGCUGGUAUGGACCUCAAGGCUAUCCAAACCACCGCAUCUGGCUGGAAGCCCCGCAGUGUCGGCCAACCUGCCUCUGGCCCUGCCCCUGGUGGUGAUACAGGCUACAUGGCACCUGACGUCGUGCAGCGUAAGGUCAAGGCUGCUCUUAACAAGAUGACUCCCGAGAAGUUCGAUCGUAUCGCUGGACAGAUCCUCGAAAUUGUCUCCCAGUCCAAGGAUGAGACUGACGGCCGCACCCUGCGCCAGGUCAUUCAGCUCACCUUCGAGAAGGCUACUGAUGAGGCUCACUGGGCCCCCAUGUACGCCAAGUUCUGCAAGAGUAUGCUUGAGAGCAUGAGCGCCGAUAUCAAGGAUGAGAACAUCCGCGAUCGCAACGGCACAGUCGUUGCCGGUGGCAGCUUGUUCCGCAAGUACCUGCUCAACCGUUGUCAAGAGGAGUUCGAGCGUGGUUGGAAGGUCAACCUUCCCGAGAAGCCUGAGGGCGUCACUGAAGAGGUUGCUAUGAUGUCUGAUGAAUAUUACAUUGCUGCUGCCGCUAAGCGUCGUGGUCUCGGUCUCGUCAAGUUCAUUGGUGAGCUUUACAAGCUUGGCAUGCUUACUGAGCGUAUCAUGCACGAGUGUGUUAAGAAGCUUGUUGACUACGAGGGCAUUCCCGAUGAGGCUGAGGUUGAGAGUUUGACCUCUCUUCUCCGCACCAUUGGUGCCAGUCUCGAUGCCUCCGAGAAGGGACCUGCUAUGAUGGAUGCUUACUUCGCCCGCAUUCACCUCAUGGUCGAGACCCCCAACCUGCCCAGCCGUCUCCGUUUCAUGUUGCUCGAUAUCAUUGAUCUUCGCGCCGCUCGCUGGAACUCCAAGGAGGGUGACAAGGGUCCUCAGACCAUCGUUGAGAUUCGUGAGGCUGCUGCCCGCGCCCAACAAGCCGCUGAGGCUGAGCGUCAGCGCCAAACCAGCAACCGCGGUGGCGGUGGCCGUAUGCCCAUGGGCCGCGGUGACGCCCGUGGAUUCGGAUACGGAAACCAGGCUCCUCCCCCUGACUACGCCUCCAGCAAGGUAGGCAGUGACGAUCUCCGUCGUCUCCGUGCUACCCGCAACACCAACCAGCCCAUGUCCUUCGGACCCUCCAGCCUUCUCGGCUCCCGCACCAACAGUGGCCGCAAGAACCUCGGCCCCGGCGGUAACCUGGUCCGUGGCAGUGACGACAGCGCCGCCAGCUCGCGCACCGGUACCCCUCCCGCCGGCAAGAAGGAAGACAAGGACACUUCCUCCAUGAACGCUUUCAGUGCGCUCGCCGCCCUUGAGGACCGGGAUAACAUGGCAACCUCGCCCCCCUCAAACCCUACCUCUCCGAUGCUCACCAAGUCGCAGCCCGCGGCUGAACGUCGACCCUCAAAAACCCCGUCUGUCAAGGAUGGUGAAUCCACAGCAUAG